AUGAAGUCGUUCAAGAAGACAUUUGCGAGUGCCUUUAAAGAGAAGAGUGCAAAGUUAUCAAAAAUUGUAACUGAAGGAAUUAGUGGAUUAAAAGGAAAACAAGCUAAAAUGGUUAUGAAAAAGAAAGAAAAGAAAAGACAAAUGGAGUUAACAAAGAAAAAGAACCUUCAUAAAAGACUUCCACCUAACUUUAAAGAAAAAAAAGAUUUCAUUGAAGAAGAAAAAAAGUAUUUAUUAUUCCCAAAAGAUGAUGAAAGAAGAAAUAGAAUUAUUGAAGACUUCUUUUUACUUGGAGAAGAACUUGGAAGAGGUGCAUUUGCAGUAGUUAGAAAAGCACGUGCCAUUCCAACUGGAGAGUUGUGUGCAGUAAAAGUGAUUGAUAAAAGAUUAGUUAAACCUGAAGAAACUAAAUUAUUAAUUCGUGAAAUUGAAAUUGCAAGAGCUGCACAACACGUUGCUAUUAUGAAAGUUUUUGAUGUUUUUGAAAGUGAUAUUAAUAUUUCUAUUGUUAUGGAACUUUUACCAGGAGGAACUUUGUUUUCUCGUGUUAGUAAAUGUGAGUCAGGAAUUCCUGAGGUAGAAGCAAGAUGGGUUAUUUAUCAAGUUGUUUCUGCUUUGUAUUAUUUGCAUUCUCAUUGUAUUGCACAUAGAGAUAUCAAACCAGAAAAUAUAUUAAUGGUUGGUGAUACUGGGCUAACUUGUAGAUUAGGAGAUUUUGGAUUUGCUAAGUGUUUCCAAAAUGAACCAUUGAAAACUCCUUGUGGAACUCAAGACUAUGCAGCACCAGAAAUUUUAAUGGGUGCUACAGAAUAUUCAUACCAAGUUGAUAUGUGGUCAGUUGGAGUAAUGUUAUAUGUGUGUCUUUGUGGAUACCUUCCAUUUGAUGGAGAUACAAUUGCUGAAAAUGUUGAACAAAUGCAAAGUGGUGAAGUUGUUUUUGAUUCUGAUGAUUGGAAACAUAUUUCUAAUGAGGCUCGUGAUUUUGUUAUUCGGUGUUUGUAUCCAGAUCCUCGUUUGAGAAUGAAUGCAGAACAAGCACUAUCCCACCCAUGGUUUAAAGGAAUUGCUCAACCAAGUGUUACCGAGGGAGUUGUUCCAGUUGAACAACCUGUUACUGUUACUCAAGAAGAAAUUGACAAACAAAAAGCAGCUGGUAUUAUUAUUGACUGGGACGAUAACGGAGAUGAAGAAGAUCCAUCUGGACUUCCAGCUGCUCAUGUCCCACCAACAAGACCCGUACCAGUAUAUCGUGCUGAGUAA